CAGUCGCAGGUUUUAGGGGGUUUAGACUCUAGACUGUUAGGUAACCCCGCCCCUUGGCUGCAUUAAACAAGAAAAGUUCGAAACAUGGACACCGUAGUCCGGAGCGCUAGCUGCGUUACAUUUAUGUCAGUUUGCCAGUCUCGAACGAACCUAGUGUAGAGGAAGUGGGGUUGGGGAAGAGAAAGACUUUUGUAGUAUUUGGUAUUGUCAAUUUGCUGUGAAAUAAGUGAGGAAGGAAGUGAAAUGGAAGCUGAAAACAUCGUGGAAGAUGUUCCACCAGCGAUUGGGGCAAAUACGAUGCUCAGCCUUGUACGAAGCCGUUCCGAACUAUCGUCCAAUUACCUAGUUGAAAAGGAACCUUGUCUCAAGUGCUUUGAUUCUUGGCCAGAAUCUGAUCAGGUGGAAUUCGUGGAGCAGUUAUUGCAGCGAAUGUGUCACUACCAACACGGCCACAUUAACUCGUUUUUGCAACCAAUGCUUCAACGAGAUUUUAUAUCAUUCUUGCCCAAAAAAGGUUUAGACCAUAUAGCAGAAAAUAUUUUAAGUUACCUGGAUGAUAGUAGUCUUAGAAAUGCUGAACUAGUCUGCAAAGAAUGGAGACGUGUGAUUGCAGAUGGAAUGUUAUGGAAAAAACUCAUUGAAAGAAAAGUACGAACAGAUUCUCUAUGGAGAGGCUUGAGUGAACGACGAGGAUGGGGAGCCUAUCUUUUCAAACCCCGUCCUGGUGAACAACAGCCAGAUCAUUCCUUUUACAGAAAGUUAUAUCCACGCAUCCUUAAGGACAUUGAACAAAUUGAAAACAACUGGCGGUGUGGAAGACAUACACUGCAACGGAUAAACUGUAGAUCCGAAAAUUCGAAGGGUGUUUACUGCCUCCAGUAUGAUGACCGACGAAUUGUCUCUGGGUUGAGAGAUAAUACCAUAAAGAUUUGGGAUCGACAAACUCUCCAAUGUGCAAAAGUUCUUACUGGACAUACGGGAUCCGUACUUUGUUUACAGUACGAUGAGCGCGUGAUAAUUAGCGGAUCGUCUGAUUCAACUGUCAGAGUGUGGGAUCUCAACAACGGGGAAAUGGUCAACACACUCAUUCACCACUGUGAAGCCGUCCUUCAUUUACGGUUUGCUCAUGGACUCAUGGUUACGUGUUCCAAGGACCGAAGUAUUGCUGUGUGGGAUAUGGUGAGUCCCACUGAAAUUAACCUCCGUCGUGUGCUUGUUGGUCAUCGUGCAGCUGUGAACGUUGUUGACUUUGAUGACAAGUACAUUGUCUCUGCCUCGGGUGAUCGAACCAUCAAGGUGUGGUCUACAGCAACCUGUGAGUUUGUUCGGACAUUAAACGGACACAAGCGUGGCAUUGCCUGCUUGCAAUACAGGGACAGAUUAGUCGUCUCUGGAUCAUCCGAUAAUUCUAUUAGGUUGUGGGAUAUUGAAUGUGGCGCUUGCAUACGCGUACUGGAAGGUCACGAAGAAUUAGUUAGAUGUAUCAGGUUCGAUUCCAAACGCAUCGUAAGUGGAGCCUACGAUGGAAAAAUCAAAGUUUGGGAUUUACAAGCGGCGCUAGACCCCAGAGCACCAGCUGGGACCCUUUGCCUUCGAACCCUCGUGGAACAUACCGGUCGAGUUUUUCGACUGCAGUUUGAUGAGUUCCAGAUCGUAAGCUCUUCUCAUGACGACACGAUCCUCAUUUGGGACUUUCUUCACACAGAUUCGCCUUCUAGUUUAACGCCAUCAUCACGUACCUCACCCCAGCGCACUUACACUUACGUGUCGAUGUAAAAGCCCCUCUAGGUCGUGGAAAAGAGAUACAGGCAUCUAACUGAAGGGGUUAGCUAAAGCUAUCACUCCCGUUGUUUGAUAGUCCCAAAUCGAGGGAAGUCUCUCUUGCCUGUCGCUCUCUCUCUCUUCCUCUCCUUUUUUUUUAAUUAAAAAAGAACGUCAUUCGCUAUAAGUUGUUCCAUUGUACGGUCCAAAUAGACGUCGUCUACCCUUGCUGGUUGGAAUUGGAAUGCAUAAUUAUCUCUGGAGUUUUGGGACACAUUCGGCCGCAUGUCACAAGAAGCAAAAAAAAAAAAGAAAAACAACUUCGAGUUAUGUCAACUUUCCAAACAGUGUUUCUCUUUGUUACUUUUUUCCUAUACACUUUGUGUAUUUUUUUUCUCAUCAUCCCCCCUACUAUUGUAAUGUGUGCUUUUUCAUCAUGGCAGGGGAGGGUCUAUGUACAGUACAUGUGAUAUUCCAUCUCCAA